UUAGAAAGGAAGAUGGCGCCGGUGAAACGGAAAACUCAAUGACGAUCAGGAAAAUUUUCAUAGUAAACAGUAUGGGGCUAUUAACUAUUUUAAAGAAGAUGAAGCAGAAGGAGAAAGAGAUGAGAAUACUUAUGCUAGGACUUGAUAAUGCUGGGAAAACGACUAUUUUGAAGAAGUUCAAUGGAGAAGAUAUCAACACAAUCGAACCUACUUUAGGAUUUAAUAUCAAAACCUUAGAACACAAAGAAUUCAAGUUAAAUAUUUGGGAUGUUGGAGGACAGAAGUCUCUUCGAUCAUAUUGGAGAAAUUAUUUUGAAAGCACUGAUGGUUUGAUAUGGGUAGUGGAUAGUGCUGACAGAAGAAGGCUGAUAGACUGCAAGGAGGAACUGAAAGGUCUCCUUCUAGAAGAGAGGCUUGCAGGUGCUACAUUAUUAGUGUUUGCCAAUAAACAGGACCUACCUGGUGCCUUGUCUGCUGAAGAAAUUAGAGAUGCUCUUGAUUUGGAAUCCAUCAAGACACAUCACUGGAACAUUCAAUGGUGCAGUGCAGUUACAGGAGAGAAACUACUAGAUGGCAUUGACUGGAUUAUCUCAGACAUUGCAUCAAGAAUAUUUACAAUGGACUAAUAUAAUGUCCAUGGACUUGUUUUGAAGAACUUCAAGAUUGUGACAUCAAACCUGAUGUCUCUAAGUCAGAGAUUGAGUCAGCCUUGAAACGGACAUAAGGAUUGCAUUACAAACACCUCAUUUAUUGUGAAUGUGAUACCUGUGGACAUUGUGCUGAAGAAGUUUACUCUAAGACAAAUAUGUUAUAGUAGCUAAUAUUCAUGAAGAUGCAAAAUACAUGAAAGAUUACCUUUCAUUUUGUUUGGCACAGA